AAGUGUACAUUCUUGAAGAAUCAGUCAGCCCCAAGACACGUCAAAGGACGUGUAAAUAAGUGUAGGAGGGCACGGAAUUAUAAAAAGGAAAAGUUUUUUGGGGAAAGACACAAAUUGGCCAGAGGUUCUUCUCCUUUCGGAAUACCCAAGGUGACUAUGGAAUGGAUGGUAUAAUGAAGAAAACAUACAGAGACGGAGGGGAGGUCACUGGAAGAAACUACGCAGAAACAGUAACAUCCUCAUCAAGACUUGUGUCAUUACCACCAAAGGGGGCAAACUCUAGUGGAUCCAAAAGUUUCUCCCAGGUUGGAGGGGGCGGAGUGGAAAAAAAGACCAUAGUGCAAAGCAGCAGCACUUACCUUUCUUCAGCAGGUGGAGCAGGUGGAGGUUCAAGACUGACCAGUUCAUCUGGCUCCAGAUAUCCCCAUUCCCCAAGUUCCACACUCUCCCUUUCCCCAAACUCAACCUUUGAAAGAAAAUACGUCUCCUCUACAACUCGCCAAGGAGCCUAUGAAGGAAGCUCCAGUGGAAAUUCUUCACCAGAAUACACUAGAAAGGAAAUGGCAUCUUCCUCAAGCAGAGGGCGCACACAGAGCAGGGAGACCGAAAUCCGUACUCGCCUGCAGAGUGCAUCUCCCUCCUCUAGAUGGACAGAACUUGAUGAUGUGAAGAAGUUGUUAAAACGUUCCACCAGUGUCAGUCCCACUAGAACCCCGACAAAUACUCUCCCCAUUCCCAAAAAAGCAACAGUGGAAACCAAGAUCGUCACAGAAAGCUCCCAAUCAGUUGCCGGCUCCUAUGACACCACCAUACUGGAUUCUGCUCUUCCGUCCUAUAUGUGGACUUCCACACUUCCAGCAGGUUCCUCAAUGGGAGGUUACCAAAACAAUAUGGGCUACAGUUCUUCUAUGAUGAAUGCUGCCUCCACAGGAUCAGUGUUUGGUGUUCCCAAUAACAUGGCUCCUAGUUCUCCUUCACUAAAUUCUGGCUAUACCUCGUCCUCUGCAGUAUUCGGUGUGCAAAACAACCUUGCCCCAAUGCCAGCGCCAGGCCCUAUCGUUCUUAGCAGCAUGGCAGCAUCCAACUCUUCAGGAUACGGUGUUCAGAAAAAUGUCACACACAGCUCAGGUGGACAAGGAAGUACUGUGACAACUUCAGCUGUUACUAAAACCCAAGGUGAUGAUAUCCUGGGUAAGGACUACAAGUUCCUCCUGCUGGAGAAAGAAAAGGGCCCUAGCAAAAAGGAAGGAGAUGUCCUGAUCAUGUCGAAGGACACUGGCAAAGUGUUUACAGCCUCCAAUGGAGGAGUUUCAGGCUACUAUGGAGAGGAUUCGUUAAAAAAAGAACAGGCUUUUACUAGUACAGAGGCCUUCUACAAAACUGAAGCUAAUGGUGGAUUAAAAGUAACAAAGGACAAAGCCACUUAUGCAGAGAUACAGCGUGUCGAAAGCCUGAAAGCUGGUGGCAGUUACCAGGAUGGAGGAGAAGGAGGUGGUGGCACAGACGCUGUCUGUGGACCAUGUGCUUCCUGCUGCAAGUGGUGGAUGUGGGCUCUCGGUUUGCUCCUAGGAUUACUCUUCCUCCUUGGACUACUUUUUGGAUUCCUAUCUCUGUGGCAAGAUGUGAAGAAUCUGACUAACCGUGUAAAGACUCUAGAGGAGAAUCAGCCCAACAGUAAAGUGGUAGCUGAUUAUCUUAAGACCAGUAAAAUGACUGGAGUACGCAGUGCGCCCGUUGGCUCUUCCGGGGACAUUGAUUUAUUAAGCAACACAGUAGGGCUCGGAGCUGGAUUUACUGAUCAGAAUAAAGAAGCUUUCUGGGACUACAUGAAAAGGAGAAUGCAGCAAGAAAGAGGAAUAUUCGUUGGUGAAAAGGGAGAUUCUGGCCGAAAAGGUGACAUGGGAACGCAGGGAGAAAGAGGUGAACGAGGUUAUGCUGGACCCCAAGGUGCUCCAGGUCUCAUUGGCCACCCUGGAAUCCAAGGACCAAAAGGACAGAAAGGCAAUGCUGGAGAAUCUGGUGUGGAAGGACCUCCUGGGCAAAGAGGAAGAGAAGGGUUAACUGGACCACGUGGUGAUCCUGGCCCACCAGGAACUGGAGAAAAAGGAGAUAGAGGUGCAAUGGGUCUUCAGGGUUCCCCAGGAGUUGCAGGUACACCCGGAAUCCCAGGUUUCCGAGGAGAUACAGGGUUGCCAGGACCUAAAGGUGACAAAGGAGCAAUUGGUCCUCCUGGAGUUAAAGGUGACCAAGGUGAAAAAGGAUCCCGAGGCCUUACAGGGGAACCUGGACAAAGAGGGUUACAAGGUCUUUCUGGAGAACCUGGUCCUAAAGGAUCAGCAGGACCUCCUGGAGCACAAGGCCUACAAGAUCGAAUUGGGCAUGAAGGUCUUCUAGGACAGGCAGGUGCAAAGAUAACUCGGGCAGAUACAGGCUUUGAGUACUCCAGACAACAAAACUCAGGUCCACAACAAACACUUCCAGGACCCCCAGGACCACCUGGUCCCCCCGGCACACCUGGUGUGGCAGGGCCACCAGGACAAGCAGGCGUGCGGGGUCCCCCAGGACCUUCCGGCCUUCCAGGCUUGCCAGGAGAUGGAAAAGAAGGCCCCCCAGGUCCUCCAGGAACUCCUGGAUCAUUUGUUCCAUCAUCAGAAACCUUUAUCGCUGGUCCACCCGGUUCUCCUGGAAUGCCAGGAUCUAAAGGAGAGCCAGGUCAGCCAGGAACUCCAGGCCGUGAUGGUGCUGUUGGGCCUCCAGGAAGUCCAGGGGUAACAGGAUUUCCUGGACAAUCAGGGCCACGAGGAGAAAGAGGUGAAGCUGGUAUCCCAGGUGCUCCUGGCAUCGCAGGAAGCUCACGAGGACCUUCUGGCAGUGGAAGACCUGGCCCUCCUGGUGCUCCUGGUCCCCCUGGUCCACCAGGCACUCCUGGUAACGCUGGCCGAAUUGCUGAAGAAGUCCAGCAAUAUAUCGCUCAGUAUCUCCAAACUGAAAAUGUCAGAAACUACAUGAUUGGACCUCAAGGACCUCCAGGGCCAAAGGGAGACAGCGGACAAAAUGUUGACUAUGCUGAAUUGGCAAGCCGUGUCACGAGCUACAUGCGAGGAUCUGGCCUUACAGAGUGGGGUGAGGAUGGACAAGUAUUUAAUGGUCCAAGUAUCACCUCUGAUGAGAUUCUCUCAAUGAUAAUGAACGCUGGAUUAAAGAUUGGUCUUCCAGGACCUCCAGGCCCACCAGGAUUGCCCGGAACUGGUUAUGGAGAUAUAACAGCUUUGCUUCAAACUUCUGAGUUCAGUGGAAUUGUUGGUCAACCUGGACCACCAGGCCAACCAGGACAUCCAGGUCUUGCUGGUCGACCAGGUCCUCCUGGGCCUAUGGGACCACCAGGAAAUCUUGAAACAAGCAGAACUAGUUUUGGGACGGAGGAAAUCGCAUCAUAUCUUCAAAGUGUUGGAUACAUUGCAGGACCUCCAGGACCACCAGGUCCUCCAGGACCACCGGGGGCAGCAGCUGCUGCUGCUGGGGGCAGCUUUGUCUCUUAUGCUGAGAAUGCCUACAGCGGUGAUCGCUUACGAACUGAGCUUAUUGAAUACCUGACAAGUGACAAUAUACGUAGAUAUAUCAGUGGACCACCAGGUCCUCCAGGCCCUCCUGGACUUCAAGGAUUGCGUGGACCAAAGGGAGAUAGUGGCAUCAUUUCCGCAUCAUCUGGAUCUUCACUUUCAUCUGGUUAUUCACUCUCUUCUUCUUCAUCCUCAUCCCAGUCAUCUGGAAGCUCCUCAUCCUCAGAUUCAUCAUCCCUGCUGGAUUAUGAUGAAGUCGCAUCUCGUGUGACAGAAAAAAUCCAGAGUCAAGGGCUUCUGGCAGAGGUGACAUACAAUUUGGGCAGAGGAAAUAUGCAAGGCCCUCAAGGACCUCCAGGACCUCCUGGAAUCUGCCAAGUGUAUGCAACCCAUGCAAAUAUAACUACAGAUCUCAUGGAACUUUUCAGAGCUCAUGGUACAAUUCAGGGACCACCUGGUUUUCCAGGACAGAAAGGUGAAAGAGGAUUUCCAGGAGCCAAAGGUGACAGAGGAGCAACAGGAUAUACUGGUGAGCCAGGACCAAUGGGGCACAAAGGGGAGAAAGGGGACUCAUUUUUUGUGUCAAAGCGUAAAAGAAGAAGCCUCGGUGUUUAACAGGAAACCAUCAAUCUUUCAUUCCAAAGACUGUUUUGCUUCACAUCAUCGUAGCCUUUGAAAUGUACAGGCGCACCUUACUGCUCCACAGACC